AUGUCUUCUUGGCAGAAGAGUACAAGGAGAGUUUCGACUCUAUUUUCCAUCGCCCGCCAACUGCCGACAGAGCCUUCUUUCUCUGUGAACGUCCCGAGUCGAAUCGAUCCUACCGCAGCGCCCGACGGUAAAGAUGCAGUGGUGGUAUUGGUCCCCGUUGGCCAUAUUAUGGACGAUCCUUCCAAUCCCCAAGACUGGGAUUCUCUGGUGAACCGAGCUCGAGAGGCCGUUUCGCUGACCAUCGAAUCUCGAACUGGUGCUACAGGGCUGCGUGAAAGCAUUCUUCAUGAAUCAGUCGAGACACCUACGAGCUGGAAAGCUAAAUGGAAUCUUGAUCGUGGCGCCAGCCUGGGCCUUUCACAUUCCUUUUUCAACGUUCUGAGUUUCUGGCCGAAGAUCAAGCAUCCCCAUAUCCAGGGUCUGUAUUUCGUGGGAGCCAGCACGUAUGCGUCAAUGGAUUGGAGCAGACUUCUUCCUCUGGAAGGGAAGCUGUGA